GACCUGCCUGUUUUUCCCCUGCCUUUGUUUAAUCCUGGUUAUUUCUCACCACGUUCCCCCAUGCCCCAUCCUUGCUUAUUUUGCCUCCUGGCUGACUGUCAGACAUGGGUUGCUUCUCCCAGCCGUCUCCACAUCUUCACUUUUCCCUAGGGAGAGGGUAUGGGUGGGAAUGGGUAUAUCUUUGUGUUGUCCCACCCGAACCUGAGUCUCUGAUCGGGAGAAAAAGGAGGGAGGGAUAUACUCUGCUCCCUCCUGGCCAGAACUAAGAGAUUUCAAAGGGCAUGCAGGCAGGGUGAAUGCUUUCUUAUUUCAGUUCAAAUUUGAGUUCAUGCACUGCAUCUCUAUACUGACCACAAGCCAUGUGUGGAAGUCUGCCACGAUCUUGGAGAGGCAACUUCUCUUUUAUUAAUAUAUUUUUUUAAAAUUAAAUUUAGAAUAUUAAUUUAAGCAACCUUAAAAUAUCAAUGAUUUCCCCUUCUUCUCUUUCCAGGGCUCAUUUUGCAUGUCAUAAAUCCCUGCAUAUUUUACUUAAAAUAUACCAUUCAGUAUUCCAUUAUUACCGUAUUUUUCCAAAUGCAUUAUCCGUGUAUAAGAUGACCCCUUAUUUUAAUCUUCAAAAAUUAAGGAAAAAAUAUAGUCUUAUACACGGAAAAAUACGGUAUGUCCAUCCAAACUUGUUUACACUGUUGAAUUUAUCUUAAUGCUGCCAAUGUUUUCAAGUGUACACAAUUCCCCCCCAAAAAAUAUAUUCAAUAAACAUUUUCCAGUCUUCUUUAAACAUAUGUUCUUCUUGUUCUCUUAUUCUAUAUGUUAGGUCCGCAAGCUGCGCAUAUUCCAUUAGUUUAAGUUGCCAUUUUUCUUUAGUUGGGGCUUCGCUCGUUUUCCAUUUUGGGGCUAAACGAAACACGGUCCGCAGUAGUGGCAUGCAUAACCUUUUUUGACACCUGGGAAUAGGAAGACAACUUCUCUGCACUUGUUAGCAUCGAUGUGUGUCCUAAGUCCAGAAAGAAUUUAUUGCGUCAUGUUUUAUACCCCUUGUAUUUUUUGCCCAUUGUCUGUUUAAUCCUGCAACAUUACUUUAUACUACCAGCCAGUGGUAACUGGGUGGUGCCUCAGUCCUCCGCAUUGUCUAAGCCCCCACUGUUUUCAGUGUGGCCCUUCCCUAGCCAAGCGUUCAUAGGCUUGCAGUCUAAUAGCAGUGGCCACAUCAAUGUUGAGUUAGAUCUGCGUUGCUUUUAGUGUGUGGGUGGGGCGUCAUCGAGAAUUCUGAAAAAAUGAGCUGCUUCUUCUUGUCUGGUCCUCCGUGCCUGUGCUGAGCAAGUCCCAACAAACACGUGGAGAGAAGUUUGAGGAGUCCCCAUUCCUUAAUGGCUCUGCUUCCUAGAAUAUGAUUGCGGGUGGUUCCUGCACUAAAGUAGUAAUUGUCUCCCACUUGGUGACGUGGUUUAUGGAAGCUGCAUAUUCAUGCUUUGACCUUCUGGCAGAAGCUGAGUUCUGUAUGAAACCCCUGUUUAGCACUGCCAGCUGAGGAUGUUGUUUUCCUGUUGCCUCAUCUAAGCAAUGUGGUCUAACCCUUGGCCAUUCCCGUGUCUUUCUGCUGCCUGAGGCUAGCAUAGCUAUACUCCUUAGAGGCAAAGCAGCUUCUGUCCACCUCCCCUCUCUUUCCGAGGCUGGCCCCGGAGGAGAAAAGAGGUUUCUGUGUGUCUUGGAGCCGCCGCAGUCUGCCGAUGCUGCAAUCCCUGGGCAUGAAGCAACUGGGCCUCGGGCUCUCACUAUUGUGAAACAUACCAGAAGGAGAACAUGACCCUGCUUUUGCACCGGGAAGCCGGCUAAAGACACAGUGCGCGACUUCUGCCGACUGGCCUGUUGAUCAGGGAAGAGGAGCAAGAAUGGACCAUUUCUGAAAGCUUUAAUGCAAAAUCUGCUGGGGGGCAAGUUCCCCACAAGUUGUGGUCAGGGGAGCUGCCUGAGGAGGUUUUAUUGUAGGCUGGCUGCCUUGUUGAAUACUAGCAUUUGUUGUUUGUUUGCCUCUACGUCACAGGACAGUGUCCUUAAUGCACUGGGCCUGGAAGCGACAUCGAUAGCCGUCAUGGGCCAGAGUGAAUCAGAGCCCCAGGAGGAGCAAGAGGAUGCAACCCUGACCGCUGUACUUUCCAACGUCAAGCUCUUUGUGGCAGAUCAGCUGCAGGCCAGCAUGGUGCUGGGUGUCAUGAUAGGAGUCGGGCUCUCUGUGCUGCUUGUUGCCGCCUUGAUCCUGGUGCUGAUCCGCCGGUUCCGCCUUCAGAAGGUCCUGGCCCAGGAACAACCCAAAUAUCGGUUUCGCAAGCGGGACAAAGUGUUGUUCUACGGGAGGAAGAUAAUGCGCAAGGUUUCUCAAUCCACAUCUUCUCUUGUCGACACCACCAUGUCUGCUUCCCGUCCGCGCAUGAAGAAGAAGCUCAAAAUGCUGAACAUUGCCAAAAAGAUCCUGCGUAUCAAGAAGGAGCUGCCCACCCUUCAGCUGAAGGAGCCGCCCCCCUCCGUCUUGGAGGCCGAUCUCACAGAGUUUGACGUGGCCAACUCUCACCUCCCCUCGGAAGUGCUCUACAUGCUGAAGAAUGUGCGGGUGCUAGGCCACUUUGAGAAGCCUUUGUUCCUGGAGCUGUGCAAGCACAUGACCUUUCAGCAGUGGCACCAAGGGGAGUACGUUUUCCGCCCAGGUCAGCCUGACACCAGCAUCUACGUGGUCCAAGACGGAAAGUUGGAGCUCUUCCUGUCUGAGCAGGAUGGGAAAGAGACCCUUGUGAAGGAGGUCUUUCCUGGCGACAGCGUGCACAGCCUCCUCAGCAUCCUGGAUGUUAUUACGGGUCACCAACGCCCGUACCGGACAGUCUCUGCACGGGUAGCUGAGGACUCCACAGUCCUGCGUCUGCCAGUGGAGGCCUUCUCGGCUGUCUUUGAGAAGUACCCUGAGAGCCUGGUCCGGGUGGUGCAGAUCAUCAUGGUGCGCCUUCAGAGAGUCACCUUCUUGGCUUUGCACAACUACCUUGGCCUGACCAAUGAGCUUUUCAGCCACGAGAUGCAACCGCUGCGGCUAUUCCCGCAGUCGAGCCACACCUCUCGUACCAGCCCCGUCCGACACAGCAAGCGUGUCAUUAGCGCCUCCUCCAUCGAGGAUGCCAAGGAUAGCUCUGGAAGGCAGGGGGAAGCUUCCUCCAGGGACCAAGGUGACCCGUUGAAGGCAGGUCUGCUGGAACCUCCCGCUGCCCCGCUGCUGAGUCGCUGCAUCUCCAUGCCAGUCGAUAUCUCAGGGAUCCAGAGGGGGCCCCGCUCAGAUUUUGACAUGGCCUACGAACGAGGCCGCAUCUCAGUGUCCCUUCAGGAAGACAGCUCCGUCUCACUGGCCGGCUUCGCCCGGUCGACAUCCCACGAGGCCCGGGAGCGGAAGUCUGUGACGGUGGAGGAGCAGCCGUCUGGGAUCUACCACUACAACUACUGCGAGGACGACUCUGCAACGGGCGACUGCCCCUUCGGCCCCUACCAAGGAUGCCAGACGAGCGCCAUCUUUGAGGCUGCCAAGCGGGAGCUGGUCAACCUCAUGAAGAUUGAGGAUCCCUCCUUGCUCAAUAACCGGGUGUUGCUGCACCAUGCCAAGGCGGGGACAGUCAUUGCCCGCCAAGGAGAUCAAGAUGUGAGUCUGCACUUUGUGCUGUGGGGCUGCCUGCACGUUUACCAGAGGAUGAUUGACAAGGCCGAAGACGUGUGCCUCUUCCUGACGCAGCCCGGAGAGAUGGUGGGCCAGCUGGCCGUGCUCACGGGGGAGCCGCUUAUCUUCACCAUCAAGGCCAACCGCGACUGCACUUUCCUCAAGAUCUCCAAGUCUGACUUUUAUGAGAUUAUGCGGGAACAGCCUAGUGUGGUCCUGAGUGUGGCUCACACUGUAGCAGCUCGCAUGUCUCCCUUUGUGCGCCAGAUGGACUUUGCUAUUGACUGGAUGGCUGUGGAGGCUGGCCGGGCGCUUUACAGGCAGGGCGACAAGUCUGACUGCACCUACAUUGUGCUGAACGGCCGGCUGCGCUCAGUCAUCCAGAAGGGCAACGGCAAGAAGGAGCUGGUUGGGGAAUAUGGCCGUGGAGACCUCAUUGGAGUGGUCGAAGCCCUGACUCGCCAAGUCCGGGCCACCACUGUGCACGCUGUAAGGGACACAGAGCUGGCCAAGCUCCCAGAAGGGACCCUCAACAACAUCAAGCGACGGUAUCCUCAGGUUGUCACUCGCCUUAUACACCUACUGAGCCAGAAGAUCUUGGGGAACUUGCAGCAGCUGCGUGGCCCCUUCCCAGGUUCUGGACUGGGCAUGACCUCCAGCUCAGAGUUGACCAAUCCAGCCAGCAACCUCUCGACAGUGGCCGUCCUCCCGGUAUGUGACGAUGUGCCCAUGGCAGCUUUCACCUUGGAACUCAAGCACGCCCUGAACGCCAUUGGCCCAACCUUGCUUCUCACCAGUGACAUCAUCCGGGCUCGUCUUGGGGCCUCCGCCCUGGACAGCAUCCAUGAAUACCGCCUGUCUGGCUGGCUGGCCCAGCAAGAGGACAUCCAUCGCAUUGUGCUUUACCAGACCGACUGCACCCUGACCCCCUGGACUGUCCGCUGCAUCCGUCAGGCCGACUGCAUCCUCAUUGUGGGUCUGGGGGACCAGGAGCCCUCCCUGGGCGAGCUGGAGCAGAUGCUGGAGAGUACGGCCGUCCGCGCCUUGAAGCAGCUCAUCCUCUUGCACCGGGAGGACGGCCCCAGCCCUGCCCGCACCGUGGAGUGGCUCAACAUGCGCAGCUGGUGCUCGGGGCACCUGCACAUCAAAUGCCCGCGCCGGGUCUUUUCCAGACGCAGCCCGAACAAGCUGAGAGAGAUGUAUGAGAAGGUCUUUGAGAAGAACGCCGAUCGCCACAGCGACUUCUCCCGCCUGGCGCGAGUCCUCACGGGCAACACCAUCGCUUUAGUGCUGGGCGGCGGCGGAGCCAGGGGCUGUUCUCACAUUGGUGUGAUCAAGGCUAUGGAGGAAGCCGGUCUCCCGAUUGACCUGAUUGGCGGCACCUCGAUCGGCUCCUUCAUCGGCGCCUUGUAUGCGGAGGAGAGGAGCGCUGUGCGUACGAAGCAGCGAGCCAGGGAGUGGGCCAAAAACAUGAAUUCGGUGUUUGCCACAGUGCUGGACCUCACCUAUCCCAUAACUUCCAUGUUCUCAGGCUCUGCCUUCAACACCAGCAUUCACAAGGUGUUCCAGGACAAGCAGAUUGAGGACCUGUGGCUUCCGUAUUUUAAUGUGACGACAGACAUCACAGCUUCCGCCAUGCGAGUCCACAAAGAUGGGAGCGUGUGGCGCUACGUCCGAGCCAGUGCAUCUUACACCCCUUAUUUGCCUCCUCUCUGCGACCCCAAGGACAGUCACUUGCUUGUGGAUGGCUGCUAUGUUAACAAUGUCCCAGGCUCGCUGUGGCGGUAUGUGCGCGCUAGCAUGACCCUUUCCGGGUACCUACCGCCACUCUGCGACCCCAAGGACGGCAAUUUGCUGAUGGACGGCGGCUACAUCAACAACCUCCCAGCUGACAUUGCCCGCAACAUGGGUGCCAAGACGGUGAUUGCCAUCGAUGUGGGAAGUCAGGAUGAAACAGACCUGUGCAACUAUGGAGACUGCCUGUCCGGUUGGUGGCUGCUUUGGAAACGCCUCAACCCCUGGGCUGAAAAGGUCAAGGUGCCUGACAUGGCCGAAAUCCAGUCUCGCCUGGCUUAUGUCUCUUGCGUGCGGCAGCUGGAGGUGGUGAAGAGCAGUUCGUACUGUGAGUACAUCCGCCCUCCCAUCGAUCGCUUCAAAACCAUGGACUUCGGCAAGUUUGACGAAAUCUACGACGUAGGGUACCAGCAUGGAAAGGUGGUGUUUGACGGCUGGUGCCGUGGUGACAUCAUCGAAAAAAUGGUCAAGGAUCGGCACUCGGCAGACUUCUAUGAGAGUAAACGCAUGGAUGUGCUGAUGUGCCCCAGCGCAGGAUUCACAGACCUGGCUGAGAUUGUGUCCCGCAUCGAGCCAGCCAAGAGCUACGUGUCAGACAGCUAUGCCGAUGGGGAAGAGUCAGACUACUUGACUGAGUACGAGGACGAAGGGAUGGACACCGUGCGAGAGGAAGAAGGGCAGGAGCUGCUCUUUGCCCCAGCGGAGCCGAAUGCUGUCUUUGAAACAGAUGAGGAAAAGAGCCUGCGAUAUCGCCGUGGGACUCAUCAGGAAGCCGCUGCCCUUCCGGCCACCCCCAGCCCCUGAGAGGGUUGCUGCUACUUGAGCUAGAGAAACUGAGACCAAACCUUGCACUUGCCCUCCUGGGAGCUGCAUUGAGGAGCCCUCCAGAUCACACCGUCUGUAACUUUUUGCCGCCUGGCUGGCAGGCACGCUGGCAUCCCUGCAGGGCCCUGGUAUGCUCCUUGAUCCUCUUGCGCCACGUCAGAAGGUGACCCGCUGGGCGGAACUGUAGACCUCCCGGCACAAACUGAAGGAUGCUGCCAAGCAGAUGCUGCUCAGAGUUACCUGCUCAGCCUGACAGUGCCCAGUUGUGGGGAUGGAGCCGGCCACUCUGGCGUCCGAGGGCUUUCAGGGUUCCUUGGCUGGACCGCAGCCUUUCUCCCCCAGCUUUCCCCUACUUGAAACAGCCCUGAGAGUGGGGAAGGGGAGGAGAAGGCAGCAUUUUACUUACACUACACUCCAUUUUUAGGAAGGGGCCAGGGAGAAGAUGUUGCAGAUUCCUCUUGCGUUGGCCUAGUGCCACGAGGGACCAGUUUCGAAUCCUGCCCGUCCCCAGGCAGUGCCCUUUUAGCCCAACCAGCUUAGGGAGGGAUCUUGCACAGUGACCUGACAAAAAGGAGGCUCUCUCCGAUGCUGAGCAUUCCUAGUCAAAGCAUUAGCGGUUAUGGAAAAACCACCUCCACAAAUGGGCUACAGAAACAUACCUUGUUCCUAUGUUGACUUAAUCCUGCUUUGAGCUGAGCCCUGACGCUCCUUGGCAUUUAUGUUCCUAGCCUGCCUGAGGUUUCGGGCUGUGACCACACAGACGCUUCUUUAUUUUAUAUUUUAAAAGGAAAAAGAAAAAAGAAACGAAUGAAAAAGCCACUUUUUCUUUGCUUUGGAUUUACAGGAAAGAAAUACAGAGCUUAUGUUUGGCAGGGAGGGGGGUGUUUAUCAUGUACUGUGUUUAAUUAUUCCCUUUCCCCCUGGGAUGCAAAAGUGCUGCCCAUGUGGUUGUCAGGCAGCCCCCACCCACCCAGCCCUUGACCAGACCCAGGUCUGCUCAUGUGCCUUCAAACCAUACAUAUCCUGGGACCCUAAAGUAUCUGCAUUACAAGAAAACAGAGGCCCCAAGUUGCCCCCAAGAUUGAGGGGGGCCUAGCAUGCAUGGCUCCCCUAGAUUUGGCAUGUGUGCAAGGAAAACUCCAGGGGGGGGCUGAAGGGGGGCACGGUGGUUAUCGGUUUCAAAGCCACCCUUCCUUCAAGAAGAUCAUUCAAAAGCAUUCUGCAAAAAAAGGAGCUUUCAAGGUAGGCAGCUGGCAGGUAGGGCAAGAGAAAGGGCAAUUGAAUCUUAGGCCUCUGACAUCAUCAUCAUUAUUAAUAUACCACCCUAUACCCGGGGGUCUCAGAGCGGUUCACAAAAUAAAAUCAAAAUAUAAAACCACAAAAUACCCAAUAAAAAUAAAAACAACAACCCAAUAGCCCCCCCCCAUUGCCUGGCGCCUAAAGGUGUCUAAUGAAGGCGCCAGGCGAAACUUCCCUGGGAAAAGCAUUCCACAGACGGGGAGCCACUGCAGAGAAGGCCCCGUUCUCGUGUUGCUGACCUCUCGAGGAGGAGGCACACGAAGGAGGGCCUCAGAAGAUGAUCUCAGAGUCCGGCCAGGUUCAUAUGGAAAGAGGCAGUCCUUGAGGUAUUACGGUCCUGAGCCGUUUAGAAAUGCAUGCUAGAAAUGCAAUGCCAGUGGGCAGUGGAGGGAAAGAUCAGGCUGCCAGGUGGCAGGAAUAGAGUCUGAAGAGGUUCGAUGCUGAAGCUCGGCUCCAGCCUCUGGGAUUUCUAUGCUUAGAUGGCACUUUGUGUAUGUGUGACUGUGUGUGACUGAUUGUCAGCAGUGCAGCUAGCUGGGUGGAAAGGGGGACAGGACACAGGGCUGGAGAAGUGAUAAGAGGCACACGGCCACCAAGGCAACUGGCUGUUUCCGCCACCUCUUCUGAUUCUGGGGUUGACUUCUUGGCAUCGGACAAGAACCAGGCUGCCGAUUAGACAAGAGGCAGCUUCCUGUGCAGGCCCAAGACAGGGUGCGCAAUGUGGUUUUCCUGCCCAUCUUGUGCACCCAGGAUCUUCCCUUCCUUCCAGCCCGGCACUCUAAAAUAAACACUUAGCAGCCUCUCCCCCUAUUGCUGACCCCCAACCUCUAGUGCAGGGGGUGGGUAUCUAACCUGUGUCUUUCCAGAAGUCCCUGAACUAGCAUUUCCAUUGUCCCUGACCAUUGACCAUGCAGGCCAGGGCUCCUGGGGUGGAAAGAAGGGGCCACACACGUGAGCCACCCCUACCCAGGAAGCAACAUGGACUAUUCCUGUUGGAUGUGUGCUGUAUUGACGCAGAUAGGUGACCUAGGUGAUUCUGCGGUUUCUCGAGGCAGCAGGUGGGAUCUUGCCACACCUUGCCUCCUCUCCUUGCCACAGCUUGGCCCAGCUUUCUUUGUCAGUAUCCUACGGGGCUCCUCUGGGUGUUUCACAGGGCGGGUGCCACUACCGAGAAGGCCCUCUGCCUGGUUCCCUGUAACCUCACUUCUCGCAGGGAGGGAACCGCCAGAAGGCCCUCAGAGCCAGACCUCAGUGUCCGGGCUGGAAGAUGGGGGUGGAGAUGUUCCUUCAGGUAUACUGGGCCAAGGCCAUUCAGGGCUUUAAAGGUCAGCACCAACACUUUGUCCAAUGUGAUCAGCAUGGCAGCAACUUGAAAGGCAAACAUUUAAUCCAAAGAAAACGGCUUUGCUGCCUGAGUGAUUGUGGUCCUCUUUGCCAGAAGGUUAAGAACGUAGCAAGACUUGACCGCUGAACUAAUCCUCUGCCCAGACCUCAACAGCUGCUGUCACUGCAUGACUUCCUACUGGGAAAGGAUGGUUGUCAACCCAUAAAAGAGAUUGCCUAGUACUAUUGUAUUCACCUGGGCAUUUAAUUGUUUACAUUUCUGUCCUAAGCUGCACUUAAAAAUGGCUGUGAAUAUCUUAAAAUGGCAAUGCACUUAGCUGCCAUAUAUAUCUCACAAAGGCAGAAACCUAUGCAGAUUGCUGCUGUUCCGCAGGUAGGAUUCAUCCGCACACCAGCAAAUUCAGGUUUGGCAUUCUUGUGCAACAAACCUGGUGCUGCUGCUGGAAAAGAACAACAACAGACUUCUACCCGCAAGAUAAGUGACUGGAAAAUGCAGUGGCCUAACAGUCGCUUGACACAAUGCCUUUUAACCAAACCGGAAAUAAUUUCAAUAAGCAUCUGACGUCGUGAACCCUCCCUGCAAACUUUGUGCAAGCAAAUCGGGAUGAACACUCAAGAAAUGCGUUGUCCGGAAGACACCUAACGGUUCCAGUCACAGCUUAAAAGCAAGCUUGUGUUUAACAAGAUGGUUUAACACUUUCAGAGAAAGCCUUUGGCUUUUACAUUUCAUGCAAAAACAUCCACCCUCAUCCAGAGAGCCUUUUUUGCAGCUGGUGAUCUGCAAGGCUGCUGCAUGCAAAUAUAUCCCUUGCAAACAGAGAUAGUGCCAUAGGAUGGAGCCAUUUGGGAGGGAGGAAGUAGAUUCACUCAGGGUUGAAUGCAGAUUAGGCAGGCCCAUGAGUAAACUGGGCUGAUGUGAAGAAAUGGACUUUUGCUGUGUGAGCUGAAACCAUUCUGUGAAAUGUUGAUAUGUGAACGUUAUUGGCUGGUUGAUAAUACAUUACCAAAAGUGUUCGUUUUGUUUUAAAUUUUUUCUUUGAGUACAUACACACACAACACACACAAAAAAAAGAAGGAAAUUUUUAAUUAAAUUUGAAGCUCUGUCUGGGUUUCCUCUCUCAAGAUCUCAGCUUUCGCCCAUCAAGUGCUGGCAAACAGCCGCUGUCUAGUUUAGGGCACCAUGGGAGAGCUCUCAUCUGUUGCACUUUGCAGUGAGGACCUGAGAGCCACCCUCUGAAUGCAUCAUUUCCUUCCUGGAAGCCAGCCAUGGUCUUUGUGGGAUCCUCCUGCUCCUUGCCUUUAGGCCCCGCAGCCCUCUUUUAUCAGCCAGCAAGCAUCCUCUGUUGGGCUUUCCGAGGAGCCUUCUGCUGUGAUGGCAUCGUGGAAGGGACUCUACAGAAAUGUCGACCUUGGGCUAGAAGACCCAAAGGCUCUCAAGCAGAGGAGUGAAUCAGGCACCAAGGAGUACGCCGAGGAAGAGAGUGUCUAUGAGCCCUUUGAUGCUGUGGCCAGUUUGGAGGGCAAGCAAGCAGGACAGGUGGCUUCGCCAUGGCACCCAGCCGGGAAGCCAUCUUGGACACGCAAGGUGGUUUUAAUAGCUGUUGUUGCCCUGCUGGCUGCCUCGGUGUUCCUGAACGUGCUGCUGCUUGCGGUGGGAAUCAUGCGCUGUAAGUGGUCUGCUGGGUCUGUAAAGGCUGAUGGGGUGCCAGGUAGGGGCUUGUCAGACUGAUAAACUUUCUUCCUGUAUCAUUCAGAAGACUUGCAUGGGACUCUGGGUGUCUGCCUGGAUUCUCAGCUGAGGAAGAGGCAUAGUUUAGUGGUCGGGUGCAUGCUUUGCAUGUCGUAGGUUCCUCCCAGGUUUGGUCCCUGGCACCACCUCCAUGUGGGGCUGACAAAGACCCCUUCCUGGAAAGCUGUUGCUGGUCAGUGUUGACAAUAACCAAGGUAGACUGUCAAUGGUCUAAGUCAGUUGUUCCCAAUCUUUUUUUGGCCAUAGCCCCACCUAAGCAUCUCUAAAAGCAUGAUGCACCCCUCGUGACAUAUAAUUUUUAUUAUUCAAAAGAGGAACUCCUAUUCACGUGGAGGAAGCCUAAAAGGCCUUAAACUUGGUCUAAACAAGCUCCCAAAUUGCCCCCCUUAAAAAUCAAAUUGCCCUCCUGUGGGGCGUGUGCCCCAUGUUGGGAACCACGGGUCUAAGCUCAGUAUACAGUAUACAGUAUACAGCAGCUUCCUCUGCUCCCCAAGUUCAUUCAAAGUGCAUUAUAGUCUAUUGUACAGCAUUGAAGUGCAUUGAAACUGUGUGUGUGUGUGUGUGUGUGUGUGUGUGUGUGUGUGUAUGUAAAAGUUUUGGUAGAGUUAACUUAACUCUAUGCAACAAUUUUCCUGGCAUACACUGAUUUU